GACAUAACCUUCCAAGAACGUGAGAAAUCGACAACUUCAUAUUCAGAGAUGGCUACACGGGCAAACCCGCCCAAGAAGGUCCGGCUCGCCUGUCGUCGUUGUCGCACAAGGCGAAUAAAGUGCGACGGAGAAGUCCCUGCCUGCACGAAUUGCGCAAAAGCCGGCGAAACUUGCCUAGAUGUUGAUAGUCAGAACUCGCGCUUGUUGGUUCCUCGCAACUUUGCGAGCGCGGCACGUGCUAGAAUUCAAUGGCUAGAGGACAUAAUCAAACAGCGGCUACCUGACGUCGACAUAGCAGGCGGCCCGCAAAUAGACGCCUUUCCGGACCCGAAAGGAUCGGUGGUCGUCGGAGGUGGAGACCACGAUGAGGACAAUAUCUCGACAUCGUCUCCCCGGUCCGGCCGCGGAUGUAGUCAACCGGUGCCGGUGGGAGGGACUCCAAGUCUGGGGUCGCAGCGACCAGGCAGUCUCAAGCGUACCGCGGAGGCCGCGGGAUCCAACGACCACGACGAAGAGUUCCCGGAUCGUGCACACUCGGUCGCCAGGAACUUAGGGAUGUUGUCGCUCAACUCGGAUUCAGAUCAAAAGCACUACUUGGGAUCGAGUUCCGGUGUUCUUUUCACUAAUCUGAUUGGGGCGUCUCCCUCAAGUGCGGGCUCAACACCGGUUGCUUUGAUUGAUGACGUCCAAGCCCAGGGGCCAGCAUCUGAAUGGCACGACAGCACCGUAUCAAGCAACGUCUCGCAAGAGUAUAAUCGUGCCUUGCAUGUGUGCCUACGACAGGAACUUCCAAGGAAAGAAGAUGCCAUCAAACUCGUACACACCUACAUUCGUUGGAUGCAUCCCGACUACCCAGUUUUAGAAGCGACAUCUCUACUCAGUUCCCUUGAUGCUCUGUAUGCGACUUUCGAAUGCUCGCUGGAGGAAGAUCCCUUGCCAAAUGGCUGGCCAAGUUCCGUUCAAGCGUUUAGGUGGAAUGGACGUCAGAUCACCCCGAGCGAUCAAGGUGUGCAAGCGGUGCCUAUGCCCGUUGUUGCUUUUACCCUCUUCAUGGUCUUCAAUAUCGCAGCUAUCAUGAAGAUCAGAUCGCGGAUCUACGAGUUUCCUCCCGAAAGGUUCUACCGUGCCGCUCUACAUUUCUCCAAGGAUUGUUUCUCGCAGAUAUCUCUGUCGUCGAUUCAAGCUUUGGUAACUCUGAUAAUACACAGCAUGUUGACUCCUGCAGAGGUCAACCUUUUCACGCUCAUCCAUAUUGCAUUGGCGCAUUGCGUAGAACUAGGAAUUCAUAGGGAACCACCUGCAGCCAUCCAGCCAAGUAGUGAAUUCGAGAAUCAGCAAAUUAAGAGGUUGACUUUCUUCACUAUAUACUCUUUAGACAGGCAAGUUUCGAUUGGCCGGCCCCUUGGCUUCCGCGACGAAACAUUCGAUAUUAUGAUGCCUGAACCCCAAUCAUCACGCACAGGCAAUACGAACAGCCUCAACCCGAUUCCAUCCUCGUUCUUGGAGGCUGUCCUGAAAUAUGCACGACACCAAUUCGAACUUGAUAGACUGGUUUCCGACGUCAAACAACAACUUUACCAUCUGCCCUGCGACUCCUCCUGGUUUUCGAUGCCUCAAAGCCCGACCGACCAACAAGGAAGAAUCAAACAAGAGCUCGUGAACUGGUGGCGAAAAGUGUCUGAAGAAUCUUUUGAUUUCCCAGGUGUUGACCACCGACAGCGUCGCAUCUGGAAGCUGAAGCUGAAGAUUAAGUAUCAUACCACGAUGGUGAUGCUCUAUCAGCCUUCGCAGGUCAUUCGAAACCCUCCUCCCGAGUCUCUCCAAGUGUGCUUCAACAGUGCUUCGUCCAUUCUGCAGGACUAUCAAAUGUUGCACGACAUGCAAGGUCUCCAUCAUGGAUGGCGAACGGUCCAAAACAUCUUCGCGGCCGGGGCGACGCUGAUCUACUCUUUCUGGACGUGCUCCGUCGUCCGUCAAAGCGCGUCCACAGCCGACCUUUCCAAAAGUCUACGCGCUUGUUCGGGUCUUUUGGCAGUUGGUGGGGAAUGGUGGCCGUCCGUCAAAAGGGGACAGAGGAGUUUUGGGGCUAUUGUCGACCUCACAGUCCGCAAACUUUACACCGGCAAUAUGCCAUCAAAGAAUCCCCGACUCUUCAUGCCUCUCAGCUCCGAAGACGGAGAGACUGCGAUUGAGAACUCAGAAGGAGCACCUGUAUAUGACGCAACUGGGCAGCAGUCCGACCUUUCCCACAUAGCACUCAACGGCGCUGACGCACCCUGGCACCAGAUGGCGGGAGCCUCCAUGGAGCUACCGAAUGCCCACGACCCGGUACAUUGGCAAGGAGUCUAUUCCGACCCUACAUUCCAUUCAACAACGAAUGACUAUGUUCCGGAGAUUGAGACUUUCCUUGCCGAUUUUGACAAGUCUGAAUUCAGCUGGAGCUUUCCUUUGACUAGCAUUAGCGACCCUUACGACAUUGCGAACUUCCCGAACCCGGGAUAUCGAUGACGCAGCUAGGCACUCGUCACCGCCGUCUUGGGAUUUCCCGAGACUUGGACGGAUCCAGGUUGCUUGAAUGCGCUAUCAGUUGGGCUACGAGACUACGAGAGUAAUCCAUACGGGUAGCUCCGGGGGUUGGACUCGGAUUUGGUGUUAGACGGAGUAGUCCGUCUUUGGAUCUUGCUCAGCUCCCGGACUACUCCGUGUAUACCCCAACUUUGGAGCUUUAGACGGAGCUACCCAGGCCUUUGGACUGUUCGAACUUGAAGCAGAAGCUGCUACGAAUUGUUCAUGGCAUCGCAAUGACCAGCACCGUUUGGAACCGCAGUACGAGUGGAAGGAGAAUGAAAAAGAUGCCGUGCCCUUGGAGUGUGUCUAGACUGGUGCUGAGGCAUAGAAUCCGCAGUCAUGUCGUUAGCGCUGUUGAAGGCAGCUAGGUCAAAAGGAAGCUCCUCAUUCAAAC